AUGGCGGGUAUGCUUUCCACCUCCCCUCGAUUAGGUAUUUUCACUCACAAAAUACUAGAUCAAUCCACUCUUCGCGUGGGCAUUGCCUUAUUCCCCGGCUUCCAAGCCCUGGACGCAUUCGGUCCCCUAGACUGUCUGAACGUCCUCUCUAUGACACACUCAUUAACUCUGGCCGUGUUAUCCUCCACCAUGGAGCCCGUCACCUGCAAAACCUCGAUGACCAACCCGCACGUGAUCGGCCAACAGAUCGUUCCUACACACACCUUCGCGACCGCGCCGCCGCUGGACGUGCUCCUUGUACCGGGUGGGAUCGGGACGCGCGGCAGCAGCCAGGUCGUACUGGACGUCAUCGCGUUCAUUGAAAGGGUAUACCCCACCCUGAAGUACCUGAUCACGGUAUGCACGGGCUCUGGACUAGCGGCUCGCGCUGGGGUGCUGGAUGGACGAAAGGCUACCUCGAAUAAGAUGGUUUUUCAUGAGAUGCAGGCCUUAGGACCCAAGGUUGAAUGGAUCCCUCGUGCGAGAUGGGUGAAGGAUGGGAAUAUCUGGACCGCGUCCGGGGUGACUGCUGGGAUUGAUGUUAUUCUUGCUUGGGUAGAGGAGGUGUACGGUAAGGAGACGACGCAGGCGAUCGCUAAUGAGAUUGAGCAUACGAGACAUCUGGAUGCGAGUCAUGAUCCGUUUGCUGACCUGUAUGGCUUGUAG